GAGCGCAGCGGGCUGUGGGGGGCAGUACAGCGCAGACGCCCCCCCAGUCUUUCUCUCUCGGGCGCAGCUCAGCUGAGGAAGAGCGGGGCGAUACACAGCGGCCGCCAGGCGGAGGAAAUGGCCGACGUGGAGAUGGAUGUGCAGAGCGAGAGGCUGAAUAACGGGAAAGAAGACUUGGAAAGUCCAGAGAAGAGUGGGAAUGAGAACGGCCAAAUGUCAGAGGAGGACGAGGAAGAGGAGGGUGAGGAGCAGGCGGAGGUGAACGGAGAGAACCGGCGUGAGGGCUCCAAGCACCACGGCAGCAGUGGUAGUAAACACAAGAAGAAGAAACAUAAGCACCGUAGCAAACACAAAAAGCAUAAGCAUGCGUCCGAGGAGGAGAAGGAGCGCAAGCGCAAGCACAGACACAAACAUAAGAAGCACAGGCGCAAGGAGACGACGUCUCCGUCCGUGGCAGCCGUCAACCGGAAGGCCGAAGAUGCCUCCCCUUCUUCUGAGAACCCAAACAUGGACGACAGAGCCCUGCUGGAGGACCUAGAGAAGCAGCGGGCGCUGAUUAAAGCCGAGCUGGACAGUCAGCUGAUGGAGGGCAAGGUGCAGUCAGGCAUGGGUCUUAUCUUACAGGGGUAUAACUCCGGCUCCGAGGAGGAUGGAGAGGGGCAGAGGGCGCGGAACGGGGACCAGCGCCAGAGAAGUACUGGAGGCAAAACUCGUUCCCCCAGGGACCAGAGCAGCAAGGGGGGCAAAGCCAGACGUGAAUCGCCGGACGCUGGGAAAGCCAGCGCGAAGCGCCGCAGCCGCAGCAAGUCUAGAGAAAAAUCGGGGAAGGACAGCAAAGCCGGCAAGAUGACCAAAAGCAGCAGAGAGUUGGCCAAGGAGCGCAGCAAAUCUAAAGACAGGAAGUGCUCCCGGAGCCGGGACAGAUCCAAAGACAGGGGAAGGAAGUCUCCGUCUCCGCCCAGCAGGAGGCGCUCCUCUACGGAACGGAGGAAUGAACAGAAAGGACGUUCCGAUCGUCGCUCCUCCCCCACUCGGGCUGAGGAGAAGCGGUCUCAAGAGCAGGGCAGCCGGCGGUCCGUGUCGCGCAGGAGCCGAUCGCGGGAUCGAAGGUCCCGCUCCAAAGAUGGACAUCCGGCCCGUUCGGAGAUAGACAGGGAAAAGAGGCCGGGGAAGUCUCCUUCCAAGGAUGCUUCGUCGGGGAAAGAGAACCGCUCGCCGCACAUCAGGAGGCCAUCGAGCCCUCAGCGCCGCCGCAGUUCCUCCCCCCGCCACAGGGAGCGUCAGUCCCAUCCGCCGCCCUCAGGCUCCACUGAACGGAGCUCCAAACAGAGUCACUCGCCCCCUAGGAACAGGUCACCUGCCAGGAGAAUUCGAAGUCGUUCGGGAGAACGCAGGAGAGACUCGCCGGCCAGGAAGCGCUCUCGUGCAGAUGGGAUCGGAAGGUCACAUGACUCGAGCCCUGUGAGGCGCCGGGUCAGCCGCUCACCGCUGAGACGGAGGUCCAUGUCGCCGCGCCGGCAGGCCCGCCCCUCACCGAGGAGACGGAGCCGCUCUCCUCUGAGACGAAGGUCUCCCGAGAGGGAUCGGUUCGGACGGCCCAGACCUCGUCGCUCCACCUCGAGGGACCGUGAGCGCAGGAGGAGGCGGAGCCGAGACGAGGACAAGUUCAAGGGGAGCCUGUCGGAGGGCAUGAAAGCGGACCAAGACUCCUCCUCUGAGGACGUGAUGGAAGAUUUCGAUGCUGAAGAGGAGGAUGAGGAAGCUCUGAUUGAACAGCGACGACAGCAGCGGCUGGCUAUAGUGCAGAAAUACAAGGCAGUGAACGAGGACAGCAACAUGGGCUCCAUGGCGUCCGAGCCCAGCAGCCCCCAGAGCAGCACACGUAGCCGCUCAGCCUCUCCAGACGACAUCCUGGAGCGAGCGGCUGCAGAUGUGAAAGAGUACGAGCGCGAGAACGUGAACACGUUUGAGGCCAUCGUGAAGGCCAAGCACAACCUCAUCGCCCAGGAGAAAGAAGCAGCAGCCAACACAAAGAAGCCCUCCGCCCCCGACAUGUUCACGGAGUCUGACGACAUGUUCGCUGCAGAUUUUGACAGCGCCAGGCUCAGGGCUGUGGGCAUUGGGAAGGACUUUAAAGAGAACCCAAAUCUCAGGGACAACUGGACUGAUGCUGAAGGCUACUAUCGUGUAAACAUUGGUGAGAUGCUGGAUAAGCGCUAUGAUGUGUAUGGCUACACGGGGCAGGGUGUCUUCAGCAACGUUGUCCGAGCCAGAGACACUGCCCGUGCUGGCCAGGAGGUGGCGGUGAAAAUCAUCCGAAACAACGAGCUCAUGCAGAAGACAGGGUUGAAGGAGCUGGAGUUCCUGAAGAAGCUCAACGAUGCUGAUCCUGAUGAUAAAUUCCACUGCUUGCGCCUUUUCAGGCACUUCUACCACAAACAGCACUUGUGUCUAGUGUUUGAGCCUCUCAGUAUGAAUCUGCGAGAGGUCCUGAAGAAGUACGGGAAAGAUGUAGGGCUCCACAUUAAGGCCGUUCGCUCUUACAGCCAGCAGCUCUUUCUGGCCCUGAAGCUUCUGAAGCGCUGCAACAUCCUACAUGCUGACAUCAAACCUGACAACAUAUUGGUGAACGAGUCCAAGACCAUCCUCAAACUCUGUGACUUUGGCUCAGCGUCCCACGUGGCCGACAACGACAUCACACCUUACCUGGUCAGCAGGUUCUACAGAGCUCCUGAGAUCAUUAUUGGGAAGCCAUAUGAUUACGGUAUUGAUAUGUGGUCAGUGGGCUGCACGCUGUAUGAGCUCUACACGGGGAAAAUUCUGUUCCCCGGUUCCUCCAACAACCACAUGAUCAAACUCUCCAUGGAUCUCAAGGGCAAGAUGCCCAACAAGAUGAUCCGGAAAGGCUUGUUCAAAGAUCAACACUUUGACCAGAACUUGAAUUUCCUGUACAUAGAAGUGGACAAAGUGACUGAGAGGGAGAAAGUGACAGUAAUGAGCACUAUUAACCCCACGAAGGACCUGCUAGCAGACCUGAUCGGUGGCCAGAGGCUUCCCGAGGAGCAGCGGAAGAAGGUGAUGCAGCUGAAAGAUCUGCUGGAUGGCACUCUGAUGUUGGACCCAGCCAAGCGCAUCAGUAUCAACCAGGCCUUGCAGCACCCCUUCAUCCAGGACAAAAUCUGACCUUCCUUCACUUUUUAAUCUCUGACUUUUCUUUGACCUUCCACUGGAAGUGCAGUGGGCACGCCAGUCCUUCCCCUGGAGGUCUGCCUUCCUGUACAAGUUGAGUGCAGUCCCGAUCUAACUGUCCUGAUCUACAUAACUGAGGUCUUCAGACGGCUGCGAUCACCUUGGUUAGGUAUGUCGGGAAAUUGCGGCGCUGAACUGUUAAGGAAGGCGAUCUGCAGGUGGAGGGUUGGUCACCAGAGCACUGGAGUCAGAGCUGUGAUGCUGGUCUGGGACCCAACCAACAACCUCCAGCUGAGAAUGUUUGGAACCAUUGAAGACUUUUUUUUUUUUUGCUCCUAUUUGCUUUGUUUUACAAGGAUUUUUGUUUUUUUGUUUUCCCAUGUGUUGAUUACGGAGCUGUCAGAAUGAUCUGGUUUUUAUUGUAAAUAAUCCAUACAUAAUUACAUGUUGUCGUUCACACCAGACAUGAGUUGUUUUUCUCUGCGAUCGUUGUUAGGUUUGGACUUUGCAUCUUAUUUAACUUCAAAUGUGGUUGACGUUUGAGGGGAACCCGUCAGCGAGAGCAGCCAGCUGAGACGUUGACGUGGUAAGGCACUUGAUCAGUGUGUAAUCAGAGACGAUAACGCACGACUAAAUCCCCCAGAUUAUUAUCUAGUACCUUGGAUUACCGUGAAUCCAUUCCAGAAUUCCUCCAAAAUGAUCUAAAAGGUUUUGAUGUGUCGGUUUGAUCCUACAGUUUUAACGUGACCAAGUGUUACCUCAUCAGUGCUCUUCACACUAGUUAGAUAUCACUAUCGUAAUUCCUUCGUUCUGUUAAUCUGAAAACCCAUCGGCUAACUCAUCUCUGCUGUGUGUGGGUUCACUUCUUCGAGGCAGCGUGUUAGAAGCUCUUACAUGCCGUCAAAGCCCGUUAAGUUUGCUUCUCUCAGUGAAUUCAGAGAAUGCCCCAAUCUCCCGGUACCUCUCCUCCCGUGAGCGCUGCUGAAAUGACUGAACGAAGAGAACAGAAUGGAGGAGUCCAGGACUUAUGCUGCCAUUUGAAGGAUGGUUCCUCUCAGAUUUAGAACAGUCCUGCAUGAGGGGGAACCUUACGCUGGUCUCUACUUGCAGGAGAGUUUCGUUAUAUUAUUUAACUGGGAUCCGAGUCGAACCUCAGCCCUUUUCUUUGAGACACCAGUUACAUUUUCUCUGAUGUCUUUAGACGCGUUGAAAGUGAUCAAGAACUUUAUGAACAGCUCGACUUGAAAAUUUGUCGAAAGGGGCAAAACUGUUCAAAUCUGGCUAAAAUCGUGCUGCUUAGGUCCAGCUUUUAGGGGCUUGCCGUUCAGACCACCUGGUAGCAUCCGCACACCUGUGCCAACGGACCAAGUUCAUCAGCACAGUGGCAAUUUUAGAACCACACAGAAGAGCACCUUUAGACUGCCUUGUGAGAUGUUCGCUGUAGAUAUGCGUCUUUGAGAGUUGAGAAAAUGACGGUUUUGGAAACCAUGUUUACGUCAACGAAACCAUAAAAUCUUUUUACCGACUGGGCACUAAAGUGGUAGUUUCUUGUUUAAGUAGCCGAGAAAUCAGCCGCUUCACACAAACUAGUGCUGAAGCGAAUAUCGCAGCUUUGUUGAAUGGAAAUUAUGUCAGUUUCGCUUUAGUUGCAGGACACUUUACGCUGUGCAGUCUGGUUGCGUGAACGUUUCACCGUGGCACUCCUUAUUUUGCAAACUCAUUUGGCAUCCUUGAUGCCACAGAUUGGUAUUUUAUGCAUAGUUGCAUUAAAGUUUCACAUGAAGGUUUAAAAUGAUUUUUCAGGUUGGCAGUUCAAGUUGUUCAUAAGGUUCCUGAUCAUACUCAACAGAUCUAGAGACACAAGAACAACUUGGAUGGCUAGUUCGACUCUUUCCUAAGGCUUUCUGGAUCUGAGCGAGAUGUCCAGACCAUAGCUCCUUGUUUCAUGAGUCCUGGUUCUUGCGUUGUCCUGAGAUUUACUACAUAAACCAACAUCCUCUCAGUUAGCCUGAUAACUUGAGCCCAAACCAGCCCUGUCCAAUAGGAGGAAAGAAAAGGCUGUUCAUAUUGGAAAAUCCUGUUUUCCUAAACAUCCCUGUUGUACUGUAUAGUUUAGCAAAGUCUCAUCCUUGCUCUGAUUCAAGGGAGCCCAUUCCUGGUCCUGGAGAUCUGCGACCCUGCACAGUGUAGCUCCAGCCCUAAUCGAGCUCGCCUGAUCCAGGUAACGAAGGCCUGGAUCUGAACUGUCCAGGACCAGGAUUGCUCUAACACGCUCUGCAAAGCUGAGUCCGGUGUGUUUUAAUAAAGAAAGGACUGCAUGUGGUGUUUUCCACGAUAAAGAAUGGAGAAAUAAUGCUCUAAAUGUUUCACCACAUGGUUCCUUUCUGGUUCUUUAAUACCAGCUGAGAAGAUCCACCGGAGUCAAUACCGUCAAAGCCCUUAUGGGUCAAUGUUUUUCUUCAGCUGAUGAGCUGAAUGUGUUCUACACUCUUAAAAAGAUGGUUCUUCAAGGGUUCUUUAGUAAGGAAAAUGGUUCUUUGAAGAACCAUGAACACUCAAAGAAUCCUUUGCAUGAUUUAAAGGGUUCUAUGCAUCAUGAAAUGGUCCUUCAGUUCGACGGACAUUGUGUUGUAAAGGCUUUUUGAAAAGGCUUCUGUAUCGUACCUUAUUGGUACUAUAUAGAACCUUUCUUGCUAAGCACGUAUGCAGAACCAUUUCAUGCCGAAGUUGUUCUUUGUGUGGUGAAGUUGUUCUUCAGACCGAUGAAUGUUGUAUAUGUUUCUAUACAGAACAUUCUUUGAAAAUUGUUCUAUAUAGCACCAAAAAGGGUUCUCUUAUUACAACUUCAGGCUUUUAACAACAGCAGGGCCUUUUUUGGUGCUAUACAGAACCAUAAACAACACAUUCUCUGUCAGUCUGAAGAACCAUUUCACCAUGCAAAGAACCAUUAAAGCAUGGGGUUCUUCAGACUGAUGGAGAAUGUGCUGUAAAUGGAUCUUUUUAGGAAGAGUUCUAUGUAACACCCAGAAACACCUUGUUCCGAUAUCAAGCUUGUAACAAUAGAACCACCCUUUUGGGUCCUAUAAGGAACCCUUUUCUGAAAGGUUCUGUAUAGAAUCGUCUACAGCACAUUCCAAAGAACCUUUAAAUGAUGCACAGAAUUAUUUAAUAAUGCAAAGGCUUCUUUCAGUGUUCAUAGUUCUUUAUAGAACCUUUUUCCUUAUUGAAGAACCCUAGUGGAAAAAUUGUUUUUAAGAGUGAGUCUUAUUUCCGAGACCUGGUCUCAGACGCUCAUUUUCCAGGUGGUGGUGUUCUCCCAGGGGUUGUUAAUAAGGUCAGACUUCGCUGUUAGCUGAGCGUUUUAAGCCGUGGUCUGCUCUGCAGGACGCUCUGGACUUUGGUCUGAAGUUGUCGCGCUGACCGAUUCCUCGCUGCUUGGAUAGUCCUGGUUGACGAGACUGAGAAAUGGUCCAUUUUCACAUAAAACCCAAAGCCGUGAAAGUUGCCCCGUUUGAAAGUGCCUCCCCUCGAGUCUGCAUUGAAGCUGAAUAUACAGUAAGAGUCUCUGGCGUUGACGUCGCCCGACUUUCGUUUCGUUUCAUGUUGUAAAUAUUUCUUGGUUUUGUUAUGAAAGAAGUCAAUGUUAGUUUUUUUUUUUUUUUUUCUCUCGCAGGAUAAUAAACGUUUUAGAAAAAGGCUAAAUUCAGAAAAUCGGGUUGUGAAGACAGACAAAUUUCAGCACAUGGAGUGUAUCGUGACUUUUAUUAAUAAAAUCUUUCAUAUCUUUGAA